UGCGCGCGUUACCGGCCGGCGUAGCCGGCACGACAAACCGGAGCAGCGUUCAGACGGUUGGCACAGUGGCGCAGAAUUUCCUGCAGAACGACGACGGCUUCUGUAGAUUUCAGGACAUCAAAGAAAAGAAGGACUUAAAGAUGGCAGAAGAUAAGAACGAGACAAGCCCAAGCGCGGAGAACGAGAAAUCACCGCAGGAAACAACGACGACGUCGCCGCCGCCGCAGACCGUCAAAGCGGACAAAGAGGAGCCGACGAAAGAUUGUAAGGAGAACGAGAAGAAAAUCGAAGAGAAUGACGAGGGCGAGAAACCGAAGGAAAACGGCGAGGAAAAACCCACGCCGGAGCCGAAGGACAUGCGGGCGAUCGUACUCAACGGUUUCGGUGGCUUAAAAAGUGUCAAGGCUUUGAGAAAACCGGAGCCUACCCUCGGCGAGGGAGAGGUCCUUAUACGUGUCAAAGCUUGCGGAUUGAACUUCCAGGAUUUGAUGGCUAGACAAGGUGCGAUCGAUUCGCCACCGAAAACUCCGUUCAUCAUGGGUUCGGAAUGCGCGGGUGAUAUCGAGCAAGUCGGCGAGGGAGUUGAGAACUUCAAAGUGGGCGAUAGAGUAAUCGCUCUUCCGGAUCACAAAGCGUGGGCGGAGCUCGUUGCCGUGCCGGCAACAUCCGUUUUCGCGUUACCGUCUGGAAUGAGCUACCUCGACGCGGCCGCCAUCACCAUGAACUACACCGUGGCUUAUAUCCUACUGUUUGAAAUGGCUCAUCUCACGCCCGGCAAAAGCCUGCUGCUUCAUAGCGCCGGCGGCGGUGUGGGUCAAGCGGUGGUUCAGCUCGCGAAAACUGUCAAAGAUGUGACCAUCUUCGGCGUUUGCAGCAAAUCCAAGCAUGAGGCAUUAAAAAACGCCGGAACUAUCGAUUACCUUCUGGAACGAGGAACAGAUUAUAGUAACGAAGUCAGAAAAAUUUCACCGGAAGGCGUGGAUAUUGUCUUAGACUGUUUAUGUGGCGAAGAGUGUAACAAAGGCUACGCCCUCUUGAAGCCAAUGGGCAAGUACAUACUUUAUGGAUCCAGCAAUGUCGUCACCGGAGAAACCAAGAGUUUCUUCUCUGCGGCACGAGCAUGGUGGCAAGUCGAUAAAGUGUCGCCUAUAAAGCUGUUUGACGAGAACAAAACGUUAUCGGGAUUCAAUCUACGCCAUUUGAUGUACCAACACGGCAGUCACGAAUUCGUGCGACGAGCGGUGAAUCAAGUGUACACAUUGUGGAACGAGGGCAAAAUCAAGCCGGUGGUGGACUCGACAUGGGCGUUGGAGGAUGUACCCGAAGCUAUGCAAAAAAUGCACGAUCGCAAGAACAUCGGUAAGAUCGUGUUGGAUCCGAGUCUGGAGCCGAAGCCUAAACCAGCCACGCCGGCUAAGGGCAAAGCGAAAGACAAGAAAACUGCGAAUCAAGAGGAGAAAAAGGCGUCUAGCGUAGAAUCGGAGGAGGGAGAGAAGAAAAAGGAGCCCGAAUUGACAAACGGCACUUCAGAAGACAAGUCUGAUAGCGAUUCGAAAGAAAAGGAAUCUAGCUGAAUUAACGGUAGUAAUUAAAUAUCUGAAACAAAAAAUUGCUAAUCAUAAACAUAAAAAAAAAAAAAAAUUGGAUAUCAGGAAAGUACUAUUGCUGAGAGAUCCAUUGCUAUUGUCCAAGAGAACGAAAUAUAUCGAAUUCGAAUACUUGAAUAAUUCACGAGCGGUAUCGCAAACCUUAUAUGCGGGCAAUCUACAUAACGCGAGAGAGAAACCACAGUUCAUAUCACACGAUCGAUUAAAUAAUAGCAAGGUAGAGAAAUCGAGUGAUUAUCUGUGAGAUAUGUAUGUUACUUUUAACAACAAAUAACACGUUAUAUAUACGUUUUUGAUUGAGCGAUCAAUCGUUCGCACAGCAAAAUAUGCGCACUAAUAAUUUUUUUUAACGUCCAAACGGACGUUUUUUUCUUCACCAUUUGUCAUCCAUUACGUGUCGUGUAUUUUCCUCACACAUUUGCGUUGAGAUUGAUAGUUUUUUAUGCGAGAAUUCGAAUAAGAGAGAAUCAUCCAUAUUAUAUACUAAGGACGAGAGAGAGAAAGAGAGAGAAAGACAACCAAAUCCACAAUAUACAAGUAACAAUCUCAAUGCGGUCCACAAUAGUUUACGAAAUAUAAAAACAAUGUAUGCUCAUAUUUUCACAUAAAUCAACAGAUUAAUUUUGCGAGUAGAUAAGUGAACAACUGUUGAAUGUCAGAAGAUCACUAGAUAUAGCUUGGCUUUUUUUGUAUUAUUGUUAUCGCAUUUUAAAAAAUAAUAUGUCAAUGUUUCAGUAUUUAUAAGACAAACGAAUUAAAAAAAAAAAAACAAAAGAAAAA